GGACUGUUUGCCCCUGACCCCCACACACAGACCCCCUGAUUUCACCCCACGCCUUCCUGGACUUGGCCUGUCCUCAAGAAUGGUAACUAUGAAGAAUGGAGAAGUUUGGAGCUUUCCUGCUAUAGGGGAAAAGGUAAUAGAGAAGAGGAAACCUAAUCCAUGACUGUGGAAUAAUAUGGAAGAAGAUGGAAAAAAACUUGUUUAAUGGGUUGAAAGAGUGGAGCCUUUUUUAAGACAUGGAUAGAUGCAAACAUGUAGGGCGGUUGCGGCUGGCCCAGGACCACUCCAUCCUGAACCCUCAGAAGUGGUGCUGUAGGGAGUGCACCACCACAGAGUCGGUGUGGGCUUGUCUCAAGUGCUCGCACGUGGCCUGUGGCCGCUACAUCGAGGACCACGCCCUUAAACACUUUGAAGAAACGGGACACCCUCUUGCCAUGGAGGUCCGGGAUCUCUAUGUAUUCUGUUACCUGUGCAAGGACUACGUGCUCAAUGAUAACCCGGAGGGGGACCUGAAGCUGCUGAGGAGCUCUCUCCUGGCGGUCAGGGGCCAGAAGAAGGACCCGCCUGGCAGACGAGGCCGGUCACUGCGGUCCAUGGCCUCUGGCGAGGAUGCGUCCCCUCCACCGCUCACUCCUCAGGGACAGCCGCAGAUGCUCACGGCUCUGUGGUACCGGCGCCAGCGCCUGCUAGCCAAGACGCUGCGACUCUGGUUCGAGAAGAGUUCCCGUGGUCAGGCAAAACUGGAGCAGCAGCGGCGCGAGGAGGCUCUGGAGCGCAAGAAGGAGGCUGCACGACAGCGGCGGCUCGAGGUCAAACGACGGCUGCUGGAGGAGCUGGCCAGCGCCCCUCCGCGCAAGAGCGCACGCCUUCUGCUGCACACACCCCGCACCGCUGCCCCGUGCCCCGCCACCCCAAGGACGCCCACCACGGGCCGCCUUCCCCCGCGACGUGCACCAGCUGUGGCUCCAGGCGUCACCGGCCUCCGCAACCUGGGCAACACCUGCUACAUGAACUCGAUUCUGCAGGUGCUCAGCCACCUCCAAAAGUUCCGAGAGUGUUUCCUGAACCUCGACCCUUCCAAAACAGAACAACUCUUUUCCAGAGCCACCAAUGGGAAGGCGUCCCUCUCAAGCAGGCUGGCCAGCAGCUCUACCACAGAGCUGUCGCCAAGGAGUGACAGGGCUGAGUAUUGCGAGAAGGACGGCCUCUGUUGGAAUGGUGGGGCCUCCAUCACCAGGAGUCUAGAACUCAUCCAGAACAAGGAGCCCAGCUCAAAGCACAUCUCCCUUUGCCAUGAACUGCACACCCUAUUCCGAGUCAUGUGGUCUGGGAAGUGGGCCCUGGUGUCACCCUUCGCCAUGCUUCACUCCGUGUGGAGUCUGAUCCCCGCCUUCCGUGGCUACGACCAGCAGGAUGCUCAGGAGUUUCUCUGCGAGCUGUUGCACAAAGUGCAGCAGGAACUCGAGUCCGAGGGCACAGCACACCGGAUCCUCAUCCCCUUCUCCCAGAGGAAGCUCACCAAACAGGUCUUAAAGGUGGUGAACACCAUAUUUCACGGGCAGCUACUCAGUCAGGUCACAUGUAUAUCAUGCAAUUACAAAUCCAACACCAUUGAGCCCUUUUGGGAUCUGUCCCUGGAAUUCCCUGAACGCUAUCACUGCAUAGAAAAGGGGUUUGUCCCUUUGGAUCAGACAGAGUGCCUGCUCACUGAGAUGCUGGCCAAGUUCACAGAGACAGAGGCCCUAGAAGGGAGAAUCUACGCUUGUGACCAGUGUAACAGCAAACGACGAAGAUCCAAUCCCAAACCCCUUGUUCUGAGUGAAGCUAGAAAGCAGUUAAUGAUCUACAGACUACCUCAGGUCCUCCGGCUGCACCUUAAAAGAUUCAGGUGGUCUGGCCGUAAUCAUCGAGAGAAGAUUGGGGUCCAUGUCGUCUUUGACCAGGUAUUAACCAUGGAACCUUACUGCUGCAGGGACAUGCUCUCCUCUCUUGACAAAGAGACCUUUGCCUAUGAUCUCUCCGCAGUGGUCAUGCAUCACGGGAAAGGGUUUGGCUCAGGACACUACACAGCCUAUUGCUACAACACAGAGGGAGGUUUUUGGGUCCACUGCAAUGACUCAAAGCUGAAUGUAUGCAGUGUCGAUGAAGUGUGCAAAACUCAAGCCUACAUCCUUUUUUACACUCAAAGAACAGUUCAGGGCAAUGCAAGGAUCUCAGAAACCCAACUCCAAGCUCAGGUGCAGCCCAGCAACAACAAUGAGGGCAGACCACGGACCUUCCCCUGAAUGGGAGGCACACAUCAAAGACUGGCUUGCUUUUAAACAAUUGGUGUCCACACAUCUUUCCUCUUAUAGGAAGUAAGGUUUACUGCAAGAACAGGUUUUUAGGUUUGCCUCCCUAGGUCUAGAACUGAAGGUGCCAGGUGACUCAUGUGCUAUCAUAAAAUCUGUAGUCGCUUUCUUUUGAAUGGAUUUGGAAAUUCCCUCCUUUGAUAAAACAAAUCAAAAAGGAGUAACUUGAAUGAAGAUUCUUUCCUCAAUUAUUUCUGAAUAUAGAGGGAGCUGGGUAGAGCAAAAAGGGAGGAAAUUGAUCAUAUCCAACCAGGAGAGAAGCCAUGUUUUCUCUCUAGUAUAUGACUCUAGUGCUAAUCAGGACCUCCGUGCGGCACCAGAAGAAUCCUCCUGAUGUGAGUAGCCCUGGAUGAAGCACGUGAGGAGGGCCCUGGGCUGGCAGCUUGCUGGAUGGAAUUGGUUCCAAGGCAGCAGGUGAAGUAUAAGGACUUGUUCCUACAAAGGAAGUAACCUUCAAGGGUUGAAAACUUGCAGACUGACGUUUUGGGGGGUAGCAGUUAAAGAUUGGAAUGAGAUGCAUGAAGCAAACUUCCCCAUGCCAAGUGGGAGGUUUUUCACGUCUCAUACCCUCCCUGGAUGCUGCUCAUUUAAUCAUUCCACAUCUGCUGAGACGGACCUGACCAUCCCUUCAUUCUAAAGGAGCAGGUCACAUGGGGAUCAGUAAACUGGCACACAGCAUGUUCUUUGUUGCAUGCUGAGCCGAAGGGCACUCUGGCUACCCAAUUCUGUGGCAAAUCCUGGGUCAGGUCAGUUCAGGGUCUAAGGUUUGGUUUAAACUGGUCUUUAGGUCAGUUGUCUGAGGCUUUCUUUCUCAGAACUCAUUUGAGGGUGGGCGGGAAUAGCUGGUGGCCCAGGGCUUAUCUGAAUGCCUGUCACCGGUUCUUACUUGGUGUAUCAUGCAGCUUUCUUAACUCAGAGCUUCUUUCUUGCUCCUGGAAGGUUAGAAAUUAUUGUUCAUUAUUGUUCACCACAAAGUUUGGGAGCUUUUGCUUUCCUAGGGCUUAAGAAAUAUGUCCCCUGUGUCUGAACAGUUUACUGCUGAUGGCUCUGACCUGUUUCCUCCCAAAUCUGAUAAUCCCUCUCAUUUCUUCACCCAGCCACACUGAGUCCACCAGAGAAAGCAAGAGUGCCCUGUCUUGUACUCCAGCACUAGUAAAAUAGAUCUUUCUUUCUAAACUGGGUCAGUUCCUAAGUGAAAUUAAAUUGCCUAGGUGGAAACCUUGCUCCCUAUCAGGCACCACUGAGUUUCCCAUCUCAGUCCUUCACUUUGACUCACCAGUACAAGUGAAUGCAAACCGUAACUCUCAUUGUACGGUUGGGGCAGCCUGCCUCAGCCUGUCAUAUGAAUGCUCAUCUUUUGACUGAGUAUAUCAUAUUCAUAUUUCAAUUCAGGUAGAAGUACAGUUGCCACUUGAAGGGAGUAGAUGUGGAAGUAAAUUUGGGGAGGGGUUGAAAAUUGGGAAAAGAGCAUAAUGAAUAAGGGUCAUAGCUUUAGCACUGUCGAUGAGCCACAUUCUGGAGCAGAUGUGUAGCAUUUGUUUUUGACCUCUUUUGUAACAAACUCUCCCGUAGGAUCAGUCAGACAGCACUGAGACAUGGAGGAAAUUCAGACAGAAAAUGGCUUACCCUGAUAAGGAAGGGGGGAGUGACUAUAUUUUAAACUUGCUUUUUCCAACACUGUGAGGUUUCUGUAAUAUUUAGCUUUUAUUUGGAAGCGAUAGCGUAUAGCAUUUUUUAUGCUAUUUGGUUUAUAUUGUCUACUGCAGGCUUCUUUGUAUAAGCUUGGCCUGGGCUCGCCCUCUCCUGGACACUGUUUUAAAGUGUCACAGCGCCCAUGCUACCAGGGGCUCUGACGUGAAACUACACACUCUAGAUCCACAUUUUUAAGUCAGCAUGGUUGAUGAUGACUUUUUGUGACAACAGAAAAGCACAUUUAAAAAAAAAAAAACCCCAGGAGAGUAAAAAGGAAAGCAAAAUAUAAGUUGUGCCUCAUUUUUCAUUGAAUGCAAUAUUUAUUAUUCUAAAAAAGGAGAACUGCAAAUGGAGAACUAAUAGAGCAUCUACUUCAUCCCUCAGGCUGUCCAGGGGGAAAUAUUUAAGAAAAAUGAACAUUUAAUGGAAAAUUAAAAGACCUUCAAAUUUAAUUUUUAAAAAUAGUUUUAUACCAAAUAUUGUAAGGACAUUAAGCAGAUUAAAACUUUGUAAAGUAAGUACUUAAUUUAGCUAAAUACCCCUGUAUAAAAUGGUUUAAAAUGAGUUGGAGUAGAAACCAACACCAGAGUCCUCACUGAGCUCUGCGCUCCCGAAGGCGGCCCUGCAGUCACAGACACCUCAGGUACCGAGGCAGCAGCACUGAACGUGCUGCUGAGACGUUAGUAUUUAUGAAGAUUUUUUAUUAAAGAAGAAAUCCCUGCUACAUAAGUCAAUGGCUGUUGUGAGGGAAAUGUCCCUUUGCCUUUAAUUUAUUUACAUAUUGGCAGUAGAUGAAUUUCUUAGCUGCAUCUUACACUUUAAAUUGAAACGUUCUAAAGAGAAGAAAAUAAGAGCCAGGUAGAAGUUAACUAGAUGCUGCCAAACCAAACCCAAGAUCUCCUCACUGAACCUUCCAGACCCACUUCUCUCCCGGACCAGUAGUUAGCAUCCCGUUCCAGGAACCCGUAGCAGUUGGCUGGUGUGUUUACUUUCUGCUGUAGCCAGCCAAGACGAAUGCACCCUGGCCCUCAAAAGGGAUUUUUACCUCAGUCUAGCUUGACCUUCGUACUUGUGGUUGCCUCGGAGAUGAGCAUCCAUGCUAGCAUAAAAGAGAUUAGGAAUGUCCUCAACAGCCAGAAACUGAAGCUCUUAUUAAAUAGUGGACAGAGCUCUUGCCAGCUUUGAUCCAGCCCCUCUCAGGCUGAGGGGGGUGGUGCCACACUGUAAAGAAUUUCCAGACGUCUCUUUAAAUGUCAUGAAUAAAAUUGGAAACUAUAGAAGUGUUAAUGUGUCCUAUGGACUCAAUAGCAGAGUUUAUUUUUGUUUUUAAUGGUAAGGCUUCUAGGGUCAAUGAUUGUAUGAGUUCCCUUCUCUUCCUAUGCUUACAGUUCCAUCCAAGUGCAAGAACAAGGGAGUGGGUUGGCUGGCAGUGGGACAUGGCCCUAGCCAGCCUAAGCCUAAGAGGUCGACAGUA